AUGUCAGUGAUUGCGGCUAGAACACAAACCCAGGCCAAUCCCUACGCAGACCAAUCCCUACGCAGACCAAUCCCUACCCAGACCAAUCCCUACGCAGACCAAUCCCUACCCAGACCAAUCCCUACCCAGACCAAUCCCUACCCAGACCAAUCCCUACGCAGACCUAUCCCUACCCAGACCAAUCCCUACCCAGACCAAUCCCUACCCAGACCAAUCCCUACGCAGACCAAUCCCUACCCAGACCAAUCCCUACCCAGACCAAUCCCUACGCAGACCAAACCCUACCCAGACCAAUCCCUACGCAGACCAAUCCCUACCCAGACCAAUCCCUACCCAGACCAAUCCCUACCCAGACCAAUCCCUACCCAGACCAAUCCCUACGCAGACCAAUCCCUACCCAGACCAAUCCCUACGCAGACCAAUCCCUACCCAGACCAAUCCCUAUGCAGACCAAUCCCUACCCAGACCAAUCCCUAUGCAGACCAAUCCCUACGCAGACCAAUCCCUACGCAGACCAAUCCCUACCCAGACCAAUCCCUACGCAGACCAAUCCCUACGCAGACCGAUCCCUACCCAGACCGAUCCCUACCCAGACCAAUCCCUACGCAGACCAAUCCCUACCCAGACCAAUCCCUACCCAGACCAACCCUACCCAGACCAAUCCCUACCCAGACCCAUCCCUACCCAGACCAAUCCCUACACAGACCAAUCCCUACGCACUCCCAGGCACCUUGA